AACUAAUCACACCCACGUCACUGAAACGACAAUGCGUUUAAGCUUUGGAAAUGCAGAAGAAUAAGAAGAUGCGACUCUGCUACUUCUUCUACCUCUACCGUGUUACUGUUAGGGCUUACUGAGUUGCAAGAUUCACUUCAAAUUAUGCGUUUCGCUGAUCGGUUCCUCAUCACAUCAAACGACGUCGCAGAUCAUCGCAAUUCCUUGAUUAUUUCCUUUUGUUGAUACGCGGAAUCGCGCACACGGUACCACUUGAAUUUUGUGCUGGUGUGUGCACUGAGGUAGAAAGAAGAAGAUUGAAUUGUAAACAGCAUGAAUUACCUUCUUGGAGCUUUCAAGCCUGCAUGUAAUGUCUUGAUCACGUUUAAUGAUGGGAAGAACCGGAAGCAGGUUCCGUUUAAAAAAGAAAAUGGUCAAAUGGUCACAGUCCCACUUUUCCAAAGUCAAGAAAACAUUGGUGGGAAGAUUACAAUAGAACCAAUGCAAGGGAAGAAGAUUGAUCACAAUGGUGUAAAAGUUGAGCUCCUUGGACAGAUAGAGAUGUAUUUUGACAGAGGAAAUUUUUAUGACUUUACUUCCCUUGUACGAGAACUAGACGUUCCUGGAGAAAUCUAUGAGAGGAAAACAUAUGCAUUUGAAUUUUCUACUGUUGAAAUGCCAUAUGAGACAUAUAAUGGGGUGAAUGUGAGGCUUAGGUAUGUAUUGAAAGUGACCAUUAACCGUGGCUAUGCUGGGAGCAUAGUAGAAUACCAGGAUUUUGUGGUUCGAAACUAUUCUCCACCUCCACAAAUUAACAAUAGCAUCAAGAUGGAAGUUGGAAUUGAAGAUUGUUUACACAUCGAAUUUGAAUACAACAAAAGCAAGUAUCAUCUCAAAGAUGUCAUCAUUGGUAAGAUAUACUUUUUACUUGUCAGAAUCAAGAUAAAAAACAUGGAUCUUGAGAUUAGGCGUCGGGAAUCCACGGGAUCAGGGACCAACACCCAUGUUGAGACAGAAACGUUGGCUAAAUUUGAGUUGAUGGAUGGUGCUCCUGUUAGAGGUGAAUCGAUUCCAAUCAGACUGUUCCUCGGUCCUUAUGAGCUGACCCCAACACAUCGUAACAUUAAUAACAAAUUUAGUGUGAAGUACUUUUUAAAUCUUGUGUUGGUUGAUGAAGAGGACAGACGAUAUUUCAAGCAGCAGGAAAUCACAAUGUAUAGGCUGCAAGAAGAAACUUCAUGAUUACUUAUCAUUCGGGGAGUGAGUAUUAGGUUUGGUAACAAAUAAAAAAGAUUGUGAUGGACAUUCUUAAAAUGGCUUAGUGUUCUAGCUUGCUUUCAUCACUUUCGGUCAUGUACAUCGACAGAUCUCUCAUUCAUGUCUAGACAGUUCUGUAAUUUUUAAACACACCAUUGAAGGAAACAUCUUAAGAAAUGUGUUGGAUCAAUGAUACCCAUGAGAAAGUGUGUGACUGAAUGUGUAUACUUGAGAGUGUGAUAUCCUUUUUCAAUUCUUUUGAACGGACAAAA